AUGUAGAAGGCAGGGGAGAAGAUGAAAGAAUUCAGAAGACAUCACAGAUGGAGACUUGAAAUAGGAAGAAAUAUUAGAAAUAGAAAUCAUGGAAGUUAUAACACUUGCAGAAAUGGCUUGGAACUUGAAGCUGGCACAAAUACCACCUUCAGCAAUUUACUCUCACCUCCUGGGACUUCCAAGAACAUGGGAAAAGGAACUAGACCUGAACAGGAUCCACUCACCCCAGCAGAAAAGAAUCUCUGACAAAAUAUCUGGGAGACAGAUCAUCAGAUUCCACCUGAGCACCUUACCAAAUGGAGAGGGUGGGUGCAGAAGGCAGCACCCUCAAACAUCCUGCCUCAGCUAUUCAAGCCAUGGUCCUUGUUCUGCAGCUCCUACCGCUGCUGCUGCGGAGGGCCCAGGGGAACCCCGGGGCUUCACUGGACGGCAGCCCCGGGGACCGGGUGAAUCUCUCCUGUGCAGGGGUCUCGCAUCCCAUCCGCUGGGCCUGGGCGCCUAGCUUCCCGGCCUGCAAGGGCCUGUCCAAAGGACGCCGCCCAAUCCUGUGGGCCUCAUCAAGCGGGACCCCCACGGUGCCUCCAGUCCAGCCCUUUGCUGCACGCCUGCGCGCCCUGGACCCUGGCAUCCGGCGGCUGGAGCUGCUCCUGAGCGCGGGGGACUCAGGCACCUUUUUCUGCAGAGGCCGCCACGAAGAUGAGAGCCGUACGGUUCUUCACGUGCUGGGGGACCGGGCCGAUUGCAGGGCUCCGGGGCCUAUUCACGGGUCUGUGUAUCACCAGCUGUUGAUCCUGCUGCUGGUCGCCGGUCUAGCGCUGGCACUAGGGGCGUUGGGCGUGGUCUGGUGGAUGCGUAGGCGAUCAUCCCCGCACCCGCUUCCACCACUCCCCAGAUUUGCUCCACUCGUGAAAGCCGAACCCCAGAGCCCAGUAAAGGAGGAGGAGCCCAAGACUGCAGGGGACCUGGACCAGGAACCUGUAAGGGCCUGGGGAUGGGAAGGGGGCUGGCUAGAAUCCCUGAGGAAAGUGAACCCAGACAGACCUGGAUCCCCAAGAAGUCAGACUUCUGAGACCCUUUUACCUUCUUCCCCACUUUUCAGAGCCUGCUCUACGCAGACCUGGAUCAUAUGGCCCUCAGAAGGCCCUGCCGCUUGACCCCAGUGGUCCCUGCUGAUGCUUCCACCAUCUAUGCAGUUGUAGUUUGAAGGGAAGCCCUUACUCUAUACUUAACAAACUGGGGAUUCCCAGCUCUCCAAAUAACCCCUCCCCUUCUUGGCCCCUACCUGGGAAAGGAAGGCACCACAGGAUAGAAAUGAGCAUUGGAUUGGGAGUUAGGAGACCUAGGUUCCAGGCAACUUCUGCUGCUGAUCUUGCUUCUUCAGUUACCCCAUGUUUCAUAUAACUUCCAUUCUCCUUCCCUAUCAGUGUUCUCUCUAAAUCUGAUCAAGCCCAGUCUCCCCAUCUUAAGCCAUUGACAACUCCUAGAUUGUCACCCUAACUCUUCCCUUCCCUCACCAUCAAGCUCUUUGAACCAGGGGCCUACAACCUGUCUCUUCCAUUUUCUUCUCCAUCACUCCACUCUCACUGCUCAUCUGCUCUCCAUGAGGUUGACAGUGAUGUCCUAAUGGCCACACCCAGUAGAUUUUUUUUAGCAUUCAUCUGGCUUGGGUUUAGAGCACUUCUUUCUUUAAACUGUUUUUCUUUAAUGCUGGUGUCUUCCUUCUGGACUCCUGUUUUUUUGCUCCCUAACCCCAUGGUCUUCCCCACCAUUCUAGGUUUGUCCCUUUCUUUAUCUGCCUUCCUGUUCUCCGGGAAGCUGUCAUCCACAGCCAGUCCUCAGCCCUCACCUUUGCAAAUGACUCCCAGAACUCUCUCCAGCCCAGAUCUCAGGUAUUGGAUUUCCAAACCAUCCUUUGUACAUCCUUGCCUGGGUAGCCCUAGGUGUUUUGCACAGCCUAUCCCAAACCCAAAUGAUUGUCAUCUGCUAAGGCACUCACUUAAUCUUCCUCUGCAUUCUCUCUUGAUCAACCCAGUUGCCCAAACCAGAAACUGGGAGGCAUGCAGACCUUCUUCCUCACACUCCCAUACAGUGAACCAAGUCCUAUCUUUCUAUUUUAAUAUCACUGUCAAAUCUACACCCUUCCUCAUGUCCAGUGCUGCCAUCUGAAUGUAAAUUUCCUUAUUUCCUCCCUGGAUUACCCAUACCCCACCUCAUUCUCCUGCCCUUUCCCUCCUCCCUGAAAGCCAGACAGAGCCUCCCCAAACACUAACCAGCUCCUAAGAGCCUGUAACUCCAGAAAUGCAGUAUUUCUUUCCUUAACCUUCAGCUCUGGGCUGAUAGGCCUUGGCUUUGAGUACCAGGUGCCACAGCACUCUGCCUAUUCUCCAGGCUUAUCUCUGUUACUUUACAUGCACACAACAUGCCAGGCCCCAAAUAUGCCUUUGCCCCAAGCAACUCCUUUUUUCUGGCUUAACCUUUUCCCUCCCCCGCAUUACCUUCUUGGCUAAUCUUAUUUUUCCUCAGGAUUCAGUUCAAGUGCAGCCUUUUCUGGGAAGUCAUUCCUGACCCUCUUUGCCCACUCCUGCAUACAUUGUGAUGCCCUAGGGAGUCCCUGUAUUUCUCUCAUAGCAACAGUCUCCUGUGAAUUGUUCUAUCAUAGCAGUGUAUGUCAAUAUGUAAGAAAUUUAUAUGUACUUUGAAUUCCCUGAUAUCAGGAGACUGACCUUUUUUUUAAUUACUGCUAAGCUUCAGUAAAUGAGUGAAUGAAAAUGAA